UUUGCUGAUCAUUUUCGCUUUAUUUUACUACCAUUCAUUCAAGUGAUUAAUUACAUUAUCUGCUCUUUCAUGAUCACAACAAUCAAACAAAGUGUUUAGUCACACGAAAAAAAUCAAAAGUUUAUUUGUGAGGUGAAUUCCAACAUGACAUCUCUACUUUGGGAACAGUUGAAAGCCAUGUAUAAAAAAGACUGGCUUAUAAGAAAGAGACAUUGGAUUGUCACAUUAUUUGAACUGUUUUUACCAAUAUUAAUGGUUAGUAUUCAUCUUUAUUCAUCGCCUGAUAAAUCUGAACUAAUGCCAUUGUCAUCGUUGUCACCGUAUUCGGAUAGAUACAUAUAUAAUGAAGGUAUAUUUUCCUGUUCGCUCAUUAAACAACUCUUUUACUAUUCAGAAAUCAGGAAUAUUUCAGACCUUCUGAGUCCAGCUGUUUCACAAUGCAGACUUCGCCCAGUAGCUGAACAAAGUGAACAUGAUUUGAUGAAAGAUUGGGGUGAUUCAGUAGAAACCAUACUUAGGACAAGUCCAGCUCUUUUUAUUCAUCAACUUGAUCUAGAUAAAGGUAUCGCUUACUACACAAUUGGCACUGGAAGAUUAGUAUAUCCUGGACCUUGGUAUCAUAGUUUCAUCCCACCAUCCUAUGAAACCUAUGUGAGCCUCCAGUCAAUACUCAACAUACUAUUGGCGGCUUAUCCGAACCAAGAAAAGCUUACAGCAGGCAAUUUCAGUUAUUCCUAUACAGACAAAUUGUUUGACGAAGGUAAUCCAAUAAGUGAGCAUUAUCCAGAUGAAAAUUAUGAUCGAACUGCAGAACCCGGUAAAUCACCAGAUAUCGAGUACUUUUAUCAAGCUUAUGCUUUUCUCGAAGUUGGCUUCCUCUAUGUAUCAAUUAUUAUAGCUCGUCGUAUUAUUCAAGAGAAAGCAACAAAUUCAAAGGAAUUACUAAGAAUAAUGGGAUUAUCUGAUCUCAUUUAUUGGAUUUCUCAUUUCAUCGAUUAUUACUUCUUGAGUAUUUUCCAUGCAACUGCCAUUACAAUGUUGUAUUCCAUUUCUGACAAUAAUCCGUAUCCUGGUUGGAAUGCAGGUCUAUUUUGGUUCAAUUAUAUCUUCGCUUCUGUAUCCAACAUUCUUUUUACAUUUGCAUUUUCAACGAUUUUGACUCAUCCGAUAAUUGGUGUUUUGAUUGUAAUUGUAGGCCGUGCUGGACUAUCUUUUUUAGCAUUCGAUGCUAAAACAGCUAAAUUUAAUUUUCUCUGGAUUUCGCCCAAAAUAUGGUCAUGUUUUCUUCCCGAAGGUCAACUUCAUUAUUCACUUUACGAUAUUUUUUACUUUGGUGCAAAUAGAAAAGUUUCUUGGUCAGAUUUGUUCUCUUCACUCAAUGUCGCUGAUACUAUCAGUUUUAGAUCCAUUUACUUGACAGCUAUUGUAGCAUGGUUAGCCUACCUUGUCUUGCUUUGGUACUUAGAUGCUUGUUGGCCUUGGCAGACUGGAAUACCAAAGCCAUGGUAUUUUCCAGUUUCCCGAUUCAUGAGAAAAUCAACAAAUAAUGAAAGUCUUGCUGAAAUGACACAAUCGUACGUCUUGAAUGAAAUCAAUGGCAAUGCUGAUAAAAAUGAAGCAGAGCCAAGCGACUUAAAAACCGCUAUCCAGUGCAUCAAUUUGUAUAAAACAUUUGGGUCGGAGGGCAAUGAAAAGUUUGCUGUUAAUGGAAUAAAUUUGAAUAUUUAUAAAGGUCAAAUAACUGUUCUUCUCGGUCACAAUGGAGCUGGUAAAACGACAACAAUGUCAAUGAUAACAGGAUUACUCCCGCCUACAUCGGGUAAAAUUUUGGUUAACGGCAUAGAUGUUCAUCAGGAUACUGCUACAGCUCGCCGUUGUAUUGCCUUGUGUCCGCAGUCUGAUUUGUUUUUUGAAGAUCUCACAGUUAGGGAAAAUCUUGAGCUUGUUACUGGAUUACGAGGCUUAAGUCCGCAAGUGAAGAAACAUAUAAUACCAUUGAAUAUUAAACGAGUCAACCUAACAGAUAAAGCUGAUACAUUGGCUUCCAACUUAUCGGGUGGUAUGAGACGUCGUCUACAAUUGGCCUUGGCACUAACAACUGCCUGUGAAACAUUAAUCCUUGAUGAACCAACAUCAGGUCUUGAUCCAGAAUCUCGACGUCAGUUAUGGAAUCUUUUACUGGAGUUGAGGAAAGAUUUGUCCAUUUUGUUGACAACACAUUUUAUGGAGGAAGCUGAUGCUUUAGGAGAUCGUAUUAUUAUCAUGGCUUCGGGUAAAAUCGAGUGUUCGGGAAGUUCCAUGUUUUUGAAACGUAGAUUUGGAGCUGGCAACUCAAUUAUAGUAGCCAAAGAUGCCUGGUCCUUUGAGCUGAAUCGUUUAGAUCAGCAAAUACGAUUGCAUUUUCCCAAUGCUUUUGUUACGAGUGAAAACAGUGAACAAGUUAUCUGCCAACUUAGCCUGGAUUCUGAUGGAUCGGACAAAAAGUCAACUUCGUCUUUGAUUAGCUUAUGUGAUUAUCUUGAUAGCAAUUUGUCAACUCUUGGUAUCACUUCUUAUAGUAUUUCCGUUACAACUCUUGAAGAUGUUUUCCUGAAGGUUGCUGAAGAUGAUAAUGAAAAAAGACAAACAAAUAUUCAGAUGGAAGAUAGAUUAUUUGAAAUUAAUAAGAUACUUGACUACACAAAAUUGACAGGAUUUUCAUUGACUUUUCAAAGACUCAGAGGCUUGGUAAUGAAACGUGUGCAUUACAUUAAAAGACAUUACAAAACCAUUGGAUUUACUAUUAUUUUACCAUUCAUGGUUAUAUUGCUAACAUUUAUAGCUCUGCACAAACUAAAAUCUUACGUUAUUGAUACAUACAAAGAUUAUCCGUAUCCAAUCGAUUUAAAUUUGAAAUCAAUUUAUGGUGAAAAUGCUAAAGCAGUUAUUCGAGCUUCAUUCAAAAAAAGUGAACCUUUCAUUGAAGCUUAUCGCACCAUCAUGAAGGAAGCGGGAAUAGAAGUUGUUGAAAUUAAAUCUUCUUUGUCAAUGGAUGAUUACAUGAAAAAAAGUAAACAAACUGGAGAACAGUUCAUGAGAGAAAACAUUAUCGGCAUAAUCGAAGACCCAAAAAGUUUAAAAGGUUUCACUGUUUGGUACAAUCCAGCAGCAUCAAUAUCUUUCCCAUUGAGUGUUGACGCCUGGACCAAUACUUUGAUUAGGACCAGCAAUAAAACUAGAUCAAUGUCCAAAGUAGUUACCGAAUAUUUUCCAAUUCCUAAUCGAGUCUCAGACCAACCAGAAACACUCUCCACGGUGGCUCGUAUCAUGUCAGCAUUAUUUUCACCAAUUGCUUUCAGUUUGAUUUCUGCAUCAUAUUUCCUAUUUCCAUCCACUGAAGCUGCAAAUAAGGCUAAUUUGAUCCAAAAAAUGAGUGGUAUCAAACCUCCAAUUUUCUGGUUCAGUCACAUUAUUUUCGACUUUUCUUACCAUUUUAUUGUGUCAGUAAUGAUUGUUUUAGGAAUCACGCUAAUUGAUAGCUUUCUUUUAACGAGCAAUGACAUAUUUCUUUCUGUUUGCAUACUUAUUUUAUUUUACGGUUUGGCAUCGAUUCCAUUGUUCUAUUUAUUCUCAUUUCUACCGAUAGAACCUGAUAGAGGAUUUACAUUGUUAGUAACCAUCUCACUGAUUGGUACUCUUGUUGGUUCAGGUUUAGCUGCAACUUUGUUUGAUGGUGAAAAAAUUAAAUUACUUUAUUUAUUUGUCGGAAAUCUUUUUCCGCCUUUUGCUAUGUCCUUUGGUUUGUCCAAAGUUUAUUCACACACGACUUUGAUCUUAGAAUGCCAUAAAUAUAAUGCCUGUGAUCCUGGUAAUGCGAUAUCUCGUGAUGUCUGUUGUGACGAAAAUUUGGAAUAUAAAAAAUUUGAACCAUUUGCAUGGGAAAAUGAUGGAAUUUUACCUGAAAUUCUGGCACUCAUUCUGGCUUCAGCUUUAUACAUGCUUAUAUUAAUCUUAUAUGACACUAAUUUACAUCGCUUUCACUAUUGGUAUGAUUCAAUGGGGAAUAGUUCAUCAUCUUCUCAUCAAUCUCAAGGUGAAGUCGAAGAUGAUGAUGUUGCUUCUGAAAAAUAUCGGGUUGCCCAGUUGAUAACAUCAGGCAGGGUCAACUCUGAAGCUUUGGUUGUUAAUAAAUUGAGUAAAGACUUUGAUUCAUUGAGAGCAGUCGAUAAAAUUAGUUUUGCUGUUAACAAAGCGGAAUGUUUUGGAUUACUUGGUGUCAAUGGAGCUGGUAAAACGACAACGUUCCGAAUGUUGACUGGUGAUUUGAUGGUCACACAAGGCGAUGCUUUUGUUGAAUCAUAUUCAUUGAGAAAAGAUCUAUUGAAUUUUCAACAGUCAAUAAGUUACUGUCCACAAUUCGACGCUUUGCUCGACAAACUGACUCCACAUGAAACUUUGACAUUAUUUGCUCGAAUAAGAGGAAUGCCUGAAAAUAAAGUCAAAGAAAACGUCAACUAUAUAAUCACAUCAACUGAUCUAACUCGAUUCACAAACACCUGUAACCAAAAUUUAAGUGGUGGUAAUAAGAGGAAAUUAUCAUUAGCAAUUGCUGCUAUAGCUAAACCUAAAGUUAUGUUUCUGGAUGAACCCACUACUGGUGUUGAUCCGGCAUCAAGACGUAAGAUUUGGUCCACAUUAAUGCAUCUACGUGAUACAAGUGGCUCAUCAAUAGUAUUAACUAGUCACUCUAUGGAUGAAUGUGAAGCUUUAUGCUCUAGGAUUGGUAUAAUGGCAAGAGGAAACUUUAAAUGUUUAGGCUCAGCUCAACAUUUGAAACAAAAAUUUGGUCAAGGAUACACUUUGUUUAUCAAAAUUAAUCAAGAAGCCUUGAAAAAAGAUGGCGAAGUUGCGAGAAUCCAAAAAUUUAUCAAAGAAAAGUUUCCAAGUGCUAUAUUACGCGAUUUUCAUCAAACUAUUCUUCAUUACCAUGUUAAGAAUGCUUCAGCACGAUGGGGUGAAAUGCUACGCGCAUUGGAACAAGGAAAAAGUUCAUUAAUGAUCGAAGAUUUUACUUUAACUGGAACUUCAUUGGAGCAAAUUUUCCUUUCAUUUGCCAAAUAAAGUUGAUUAUACAAGAGUCAGUAUAUUUUGCAACUUAUCAAAAUAAAAAGUCAUUAUUUGAUUUUAUCUACUCUGUGGAUAAAUGCUUCUCAUUGAACACCAUUAGACCAAAUUCUCUCUUCGUUUAUCAAUCAUAGAGAUUGCAAUUCAUUUUGAUCACUGUACACAAUUUAUCUGAUUUGAAAUUAAUUCUAUUUCAACAAGAUCUAGUUUCAUCAACUCUCCUGUAUUGUCCCUCAUACAUUUCACUUGCUGUGUACUUUAAACCUAUGGCAACGAAAAUAUGAAUCCAAAGGCCGAAAAUCAAUGUAAAUAAAUUGAAUUUAUUUAAAUCUAACCGUCCAAAUCUAUCCAGUUAUGGAAACAAUUGACGUUUUCUGGUGCAACACUUUUCCCACAUCUGUGAAGGUCUUUGUACAAGUCACCAUUUCUGAAGUUAUUUGUCUAUUUGUAGUUACCAUUGCCAUGCUUCAUGUAGUGUCGAUUUUAUCAGCAUUGAUCGCCUUCUUCUCUUUAUCGUAAUAACAAUCUUGUAAAAUUUUGGAAAGGACACUUUAGCUAACAUUUGAACAGCUUUCUUGGCUUAACCUGUGCAUAUAGUAAAUCACUUUAGAUUUCACUAAAAUAAAGGUGAAGAUAAGAUCGUCUGGCUGUCUAGAGUCUCACUUGAUGAAAGGCAUUUCAAGCUGUUAUUUUUAAUGUUAGUCAAGUUGUUGUUUCCUCAGAUAUCAAAUCAACACCAUUUGUGCUGUUUUAUGCAAGUUCAGUAAAUCGUCUUUAAUACUUAAUUGACAAAAUUGAAAUCGACAUGAACGCAACAUGAAAUUGAUUUUAAUCAAUUGUUUUAUACUCAUUUGUUUACAAACCAAACCAGUUCCAUUGAAGAUGGCGUUUUACUUCGACAAAUUGCUAAUAGUUACAGUGCUCCAUUGGUCGCUUCGUUUUUACAUUUAAGAAUACAAAACACUAUUCAAAUGGUUUAGGACAUCAAGAACUCGCUGGAAAAUUUAAGUGAAAAUCAACGGAAUUUGUUUAUUUUGAAAGUAAAAAGUCUUGAAGCCUUUGACAAACGGUUAAAUGCAUUACAAAAAACGGAUUAUUUUGUCAUGAAUGGAACUGAACGAGUUAAGUAUUCAAUUGAACAAUACAUUUUGAAUAAUGAAAUGUUUCCGAUUGAAUUAAGACCGGAAGAGGGUAAAUUCAAUUCAACUCCAGACGAUCUACUCAAACAGAUUAAUAUUAUGUCCAAUGAUAAUCUUAUCAAGGAAACAAAUAACCUUAUAAAAGCUCAUCUCCAAGUCAUUGAGACGAAGGAAACGAAUGAAAAAUAUAAUGAGCUUCAAAGAUUGGCUGCUUCGCUAACUAUAUGAGUAUCCUGGAAAAAGUCUAGUUCUGGAUGCUAUCUCAACCAUAUCUGAUGUACCAAUAGCUGAUUGUGCUAAAAGAUGUGCUCUUGCAAAUGAUUUCAGUUGUAAAUCAUUUGAUUAUUGCAAAGAUAAUCAUAAACGAAAUGAAUCUGUUUGUUUCUUACAUGCUGACCACAUUGAGAUUGAUAAAUCUCACCAAAUAAAUGCAACAACCUGGAAGUUGGCUGAAGCUGUAUGUUCCCAUUAUUCAAGUGAGAGCUUAAGCUAUUGACUAUCUGUAUCCACCAAGGUAUAUUAACUAAUCUCAAAAUGUUUAUGGUCCUCGUAAAGAUGCAAUUGGUAAAGACGAUUGUUCAUUUAUUUUAUGCACAGUUUAACCAUUUAGCUGAUCCAAAG